CAGAAAUGGAUCCUGCUAGUCAACAACACAAAAAAAAAACGACAUUCGAUAACAAAACAAUAGGCAUAAUUGGUGAUUCGUGAGAGCCAAGAAACUGAAGAAAGUCAGAGUGAAGAAACCCAGAAAUUUUAUAUACAAGGAAAAGAAGAGGGGAAAUCACUGUCAAGAUUUCAGAUCAUCAAUCGUCUAACAAUAUGGCCAUUAACAGAGACUUGAAUGCUUCACAGGUCUCUCACCCGCAAGAUCCAAGGCAGGCCAGCUCCACUUCAAGAAACAACAAGCAGGUUGAAGAGGUCAACAACACAGAUAUGACGUUCUUCAGGAAGAUUUUCGGGUUCUUGUUCUAUUUGCACCUUUUCUUGGUUACUAUAUUGACCAUCUUUCUGACAGUGAGGGGAAUGAUUUUUGCUGCCAAUAACCACCGUAGUUUCCGCCCCCGGGAAUGGUACUCGCCGAUCCUUGCUUCAACAGCUUGCGGUGGAAUUAUUGCUCUCGCAUGGCCGGCCAUUGUUUUUCGCCCUUCACGAGCUAUUAUGGCUGUGCUGUGGCUCAGUCCUCUCCUCACUCUUGGACUCGCCAUUUUACUGAUCUAUAUAGGCACUACAGGGAGCUCCGCAGCAGGGGCAUUGGCGCUCAUCUCUGCAUUCAUUCAAUCCCUGUAUUCAUGCUGGGUUAAUCCCAGGAUUGAGUAUGCCACUCGGGUUAUAUCCAUUUCUACUACAUCAUCUUAUAAUUAUUGGUGUAUGGUUUUGUUGUCAAUCGCCAUUAGUACCCUUUACUCCCUUGUUGCCAUAGCUGGGAUUGGAGGAGCUAGGGCAACAGCAACUCGCCUUGAUGUCGUCUUCAUCGUCGCCAUCGUUCUGAGCUUCAUAUGGACCCUGCAAGUAAUCAAGAACACACUGCAAGUCACAGUGUCUCACAUCAAAUACUUCGAAAUCGCUGCAGCGAUACAGCUUGAUUCCAAGGAAGUGUUCCUGAAUUACACUGCCAAGAAUUCAAUGGGGAGCAUUGUUUUCGCCUCAAUUCUUGUGCCUAUCCUCACUGUAAUCCGUGGCACAGCCCGAGCAGUGAGUCAGGUUUCAGGAGAUGUGGAUGAGUUCUUGUUCUCCUGCUCCAGCUGCUCUUCGGGCAUCGCCUCGUGUCUAGUGGCGUAUGGGAACCGAUGGGGAUUUCUCCGCGUGGGGGUUCACAACAAGGGGAUUGUCCAGGCAUCAUCUGAAACAUGGGAGAUGUUCAGAAGAGCAGGAAUGGAACAGCUCAUCAACUCAGAUCUCACCACCUCAAUCUGCUUCUUCUGUGGAGUUUCAGGGGGAGCAGCUUGCUCACUUCUGGGGGGGUCCUGGGCAUUUGCAAUGCAUAAGACUUAUGCAACAGAAAUUUCACUAUUCGCUUUCCUCAUCGGAUAUCUAAUGAGUAGAGUGACAAUGGCGUUGCUGCAGGCUUGCAUUUCAGCAUAUUACAUUGCUUAUGCAGAAAAUCCUCAGAGCCAAAGAUUUGAUAACACCAUCCCAGCUUACAUUCAAAGGCUGCAAAGAUAUGGGACAUAGCACUGGAACACACACUCCAUUGCCAAAUAUAUAUUCUAUCAUACCAUUCAUUCGUCUUUAUUCCUUGCCAUAUGAUUCUUUCCCUGUAGUAUAUUGCAGGCCAGGAUAACAUUUCUUGGAUAGUCUGAUAUAUAGGACCAAAAUUUUCCACAUCUUAAGUACCAUAUAUACUGAUUUUGAUUUUUAAUUAAUUUCUUAAUUAUCUUCUUUUAGCUACUUUAGUUCAAGAUUCUCAAAAUCUUGUAUCCAACUUCUUGAGGUUUAUUCACCACGGCACAAUCCAAUAUGCAUGUUCAAGUUAAA